CUCAUUCAAAACAGAACACAGCUGUUGCUGUUGGAAGCGCAUCGUCGUGUCCUGAAACGUUAGCUCUAAAAAACCUGUUAUCUCUUCUGCUGCUGGCCUCUGAUGUACCCACUGGAAUACCAACAGAAGAAAGAAGAAGACAACGUUUCACUUCGAGAGCAGGAGCCAGCCUCAGAGAAAGACGGGACUCGAUAGACAAAGACAGCAGCACAGAACAACAACAGGCUAACCUCACCUCCCAACACUAUGUGCAUCUGACACACACACAACUGAGGGCCAGGCGGGCUUUGCUGCAGCUGAGGAUGAUGAAUGAUCUUGUGCGCUAGAGCUAGAUGGUGUGGGAAUGAUGGACCUCCCUAAUGGCCAAUCAAUCAUCACCACCACCGCUGUUACAGUCUCUGAGAAGAGCAGCAGCUCAGAGUCUCUCAGCGAUAAGGUUUCUUCAGACCUGAAGAAGAGUUUUGAUGCUGUUGUGUUCGAUGUCCUGAAGGUCACCCCUGAAGAAUAUGCAGGCCAGAUUACGCUCAUGGAUGCUCCUGUGUUCAAAGCCAUCCAGCCAGAGGAGCUGUCAAGCUGCGGCUGGAACAAGAAGGAGAAGCACAUCACCGCUCCAAACGUUGUGGCCUUCACUCGCAGGUUCAACCAGACGAGUUUCUGGGUGGUACGAGAGAUCCUCCAUGCGCAGACGUUGAAGAUCAGAGCUGAGGUGCUGAGUCUGUACAUCCGCACUGCCAAGAAACUGUGCGACAUGAACAACCUCCAUGCGGUCAUGGCUGUGGUGUCGGCGCUACAAAGUGCCCCCAUCUUCAGGCUCACAAAAACAUGGGCGUUACUGAGUCGGAAGGACAAGGCGACAUUUGAUCGGCUCGACUACCUGAUGUCCAAAGAAGACAACUAUAAACGUCUGAGAGACUUCAUAAGCAGCCAGAGCAUGGUCUCCUGUAUACCAUACCUAGGGAUGUACCUGUCCGAUCUGACGUAUGUAGACUCAGCCUAUCCCUCCACGGGCAGCAUACUGGAGAACGAACAGAGAUCGAACCUGAUGAACAACAUUCUCAGAAUCAUAUCGGACCUGCAGAGAUCCUGUACCUACGAUGUCCCAGUGUUGCCUCAUGUCCAGAAGUAUCUCAACUCAGUCAGGUACAUCGAGGAGCUGCAGAAGUUUGUGGAGGACGACAAUUACAAGUCGUCACAGAAGAUUGAGCCAGGCACCAGCACACCACGAGCUAACGCCUCCAAAGAGGAUAUUGUCGGCCAGGAAGCGUCAGCAUCUCCUCUCUGCGGCCGUAGAUGUGCGGUAGCCGCUGAAGGAACCAAAGUCCCGGCCACGCCGCCGUCCCCAAGGAACCUGCUGCCCUACGGACAUAGGAAGUGCCACAGCCUGGGCUACAAUUUUAUCCAUAAGAUGAAUACAGUAGAGUUUAAAAGCGCUACGUUCCCCAACGCUGGUUCUCGCCACCUGUUGGACGACAGCGUGAUGGAGAGCCACAGUCCCACCAGGGGACAUGCAGAGAGCUCCACUCUGUCCAGCGGUAUUUCACUUGGGAGCAGCGAGGGCUCUGAGCUCAGUGAAGAGGUGUCUUGGCCGGCUUUUGAGAGGACUCGGUUCUAUCACUCUCUGGGCCCAGUGACCCGUGUGGCCCGCAUCCCCUACAGAGGAGUCCUGAGGCCCAGCAGCUCAGCGGAGUCGGAGGAGCUCGCGGUUCACUUGUAUCCCGGAGCGGUCACAGUGCAGGGGGUGCUGAGACGGAAGACUGUGCUCAAGGAGGGCAAGAAACCAACAGUGGCGUCGUGGACCAAAUACUGGGUCGCUCUUUGUGGAACCCAGCUCUACUACUACCCUGCCAAGUCCCUGAAGGCUACCGAGAGAAAACAUUUCAAGUCGACGUCCAGUAAGAGCGUGUGUGUGGUGGGUCUGAUGGCCAUGAUGGCUGACGAUCCCGAGCAUCCCGACGUCUUCUUGCUGACGGACUCCGAGCACGGUAACACCUACAAGUACCAAGCAGGGAACAAAACGAACGCAUCGCUCUGGUUCAAACAUCUGAGUGCUGCCUGUCAGAGCAACAGACAACAGGUGCCAGCCAAUCUGAUGUCAUUCGAGUGAGCGAUGCCGAGGAGUGACUGAGCAAAGACGAGAGAGAGAGAGGGACGAGGAAACCGACGACAAGGAGGAGGAUGAGGAGGAGUAUUGACUCAGUAGUGGGAGCUUUCACUGCCAUGAGCCCCGGCCUCACUGCAGCCUCACCUGCCACCACUGCCUUAACCACAGUACCCUGUGUGUGUAUGUGUGUAUGUGUGUAUGUGUGUAUGUGUGUAUGUGUGUGUGCUUGUAUAUGUGAGAAUGACUCUGUGUGUGUGUGUGUGUGUGUGUGUGUGUGUGUGUGGGGAUGGAAGUGACUGUUUUGGGUGUACUGACUGACUACUGAACAAGGACCUGCACCACUGCUCCCUCAUUUGCUCUCUCAGUGUCUUUUUGUUUUUACUGUCCAGCAAUUCAGUGGAGCCAUUGGACUUCUCCUCUCCUCUCUCUCUCACAGACAGACUGUCCUCGGAUGGACACAAAUAAUCCUCUCCUCUGUUUUCUUUUUUCCAUUUUUUUUUUUUUUUAAGGGGUUAACUAUUUUUAUUUGUGUCCCCUGUCCCGCCAUGCUCGAUUGCAAGAUUUCUUUUUUUAAUCGACACACAAUCACAACACGCACGCUCACAUCGGACUAACCCGUUUGGACUUUUGGAGGGUUUGAAAUAACUUCUUCUUUUUUACUUACACACUUUCAAUUUGUUGGUCUCUUCAUUCACUUGUGUUUGCUUGGAGUUACAAGCUCAUUAACAUAUAAUUACCACGCACUCUCACACACUCACACAUACAGGCCUAUUUGAUCGCGUCAACGUUAAGGGCUCUGAUUCGCAAUCGAUUCCAGCAGAAACAAUUCCCACACUUCCUGAAUGUGUCUAGUUUUUAUUACCGAUCUCUGCCCCCCCCCACCACACUUUAUUUCCUCAUAUACUCGCUAAGUGUUCUGUACGUACGUGUGCGUGUUUGUAUAACUGCAUUGGGUGGGAGGGCAAAUAUUUGCUUAAAUGACAGGAAUCUUGUCUGUGUUCCACAUAGGUACGAUCCUCCCAGAAUCUAAGCUAAGACGUGUUCGCGGCAGAAUAGACGAGAGUUUAAAUCCUUUUUUACAAACCUGUAUUUUUUUCCUCCAGCGCUUGGUUUCACCAGACUCACACUCGCACACUAAACACUAAAAGACUUGAAACUGUGAAAGAGUCCAAGAGAAGAGAAAGCAACGAGAACUCAUAACACACCUCUGGUCUGGAGCAGACACUCAACGCUACCUGGAGCCAUACAGACUUUAAAUCUUGUUUGUUUAUGUUGUUUUGUGUUUUUUUGGGAGGGAUGGUGCAGUUCACAGUAUUACCGUGUAGUAGAUGAUCGCACGUCAAUGUAGUUUUGUCUGUUACAUUUGAAUGUUACAUUUUUUUUGUGUGUUUUCCUCCCCUUUCGGAGCAGUUACUUUGAAUAUUUUAUGUACAUGUGAAUUUUAUUUUCUAUUUUCUUUUUUUGUUGCCCCUUAUUCGAUUAACAAGGACUCAGCUCAAUUUGAGGCCCUAGCUGUGUUACAUCUGAUAAGCACAUUGGAUAUAAUUAGUGCCAAGUGAUGUUAACGUCGCCGAUUUUCUUUAGGUUGACGAAACGUUAUAAAGAACAGAGCAGAACUGGCAUGUUACAAUGGGAAGAAACCUGAGGGUAACACUAAAUAAUAACCAUCAUUUAUAAAAGCUAAAUUGAUAGUUAAUUAAAAUUUAGUUAUUUUACUGUUAACAAACCAUGACAUUAUAAUUAUAACUAGAAUUUGUGUUAUUUUAAAGGCACUAUAUGUAACUUUCAGGAAAUCCUUAAAGGUUAAAGGUAAAAUCCAACGUUUAACAUAAAAA